AUGACUGUCACGCUAAGUUUGGCACAUAUCGACGAUAUCCCCAACAUCGUCGCAGCGGAGCGGGAUUCCUUCGAGAACCCACUCCAACCCAUCUUCCGCUUAUAUUGCCCCCUAUAUCACAGUCGAGAGGAAACAAUAGCUCACAACGCCGCAGAGUACCAAGACAGCAUCAGGCAGCAAGACCCAAACGUCGAGAAUGUCUGGCUCAAGGUUACCGAUUCCGACCUCUCAGGAAACGAGAUCCUCGUCGGUGGAGCGCAAUGGCUCUUCGUCUCCAAAGAAACUACAUCCAUCGGUGAACACGUUCAGUCCCUGACGAGUCGCUAUCCAGCAGGCGGCGCUACAGUGUUCGCCAGCCAGGCAUUCCAUAUUCUGCGUGAAUCAGAAGCCAGACAGAAAAAAGGAAGAAGCGGAGAGCAUGCGUAUGCUACACUAGGCACUUUCUUCACAAUACCAGCGUACCGCAAGCGCGGUAUAGGCCGUAUGCUCAUGGAAUGGGGACUGAAACGAGCUGAUGAGAUGGACCUGGAGGCUUGGAUUGAAGCUGUGCCGCCGGCAGUCCCAUAUUAUGAGACGUUUGGGUUUGUGCAAAUGGAAACUACUCAUUUGAACCCCGAAUGCCCAGUUGCAUUGUCAGCGGAGGCUACUGCUGAAUGGAAUUCUACGGCAGAAUCGAUAUUACCGAUUGCUGCGACUGUUAUGUGUCGUCCUGCGAGAAACAAAGGUGCUCAAUGA